AUGAGCAGCGAGGCCGAGGUACAACAACAGCCGCAGCAGCCUGCUGUCGACGUGGAGAGUCCAUCCAGCCCGGUAGUUUCAGCUUCCGCGGGGGAUAAAAAGGUCAUCGCCACAAAAGUUCUGGGUACAGUGAAGUGGUUCAAUGUCAGGAACGGAUAUGGUUUCAUCAAUAGGAAUGACACUAAAGAGGAUGUUUUUGUACACCAGACAGCCAUCAAGAAGAACAACCCGAGAAAAUACCUUCGCAGUGUUGGUGAUGGCGAAACUGUGGAGUUCGACGUAGUUGAGGGAGAGAAGGGGGCAGAAGCGGCAAAUGUCACCGGCCCAGGGGGCAUUGCGGUCCAGGGAAGUAAGUACGCUGCUGACAGGAACCGCUAUAGACGCUACCCCAGGAGGAGGGGUCCCCCGCGUGGCGGCGACUAUCCAGAGAACUACCAGAGUGACGGAGAGGGCGAGCCGGGCGCCGGAGGGCGCGAAGGCAAGGGCGGUCGGGAUGGCGGAGAGAGCGCCCCCGAAGGAGACUCACAGCAACAGCCGCGAAGGCCCGCCUACCCCGGCAGACGGCGCUACCCGCCAUACUUUGCCAAUGAGGGUGAUGACAACCAGGGGGGUCCAGACCAGGCAAACAAACCCGCCAGGCAGAACUACUACAGAGGCUUCCGGCCAAGGGGUCCACCCCGUCCCAGACCAGUGCGGGAUGGCGAAGAGGACAAGGAGAAUCAAGGCGGCGAAGGGGGUCCCAACCAGCAGCCCCGCCAGCGCCGCUACCGUCGCAACGUCAACUACCGCCGCCGACCACGCCCGCCCACCGGCGGCAAACCCGGACAGGACACCAAGGAGGCCAAGGCGGGAGGCGAUACCUCCGUAGAGAAAGCGGCCGCUCCCGAGGCCCAGCAGGGUGGGGCUGAGUAG